AUGCCACAAAUUACAUGGUAUUUUAUGGAUAAAGAAAUUGAUUUUACUAAUGUUAGAAAUUCUUUUACUAGUGAUGAGAAUCGUAAACUUCACCUUAAUCAUAUUGAUAUCAAUAAUGCUGGAGAGUAUAAAUGUGUUGUAAAUAAUGAGGCUGGUGAAGCAAGUAAAUAUUUUAAUGUUAAUGUUUUAAUACCACCAAAAAUUAGUGAUCAUGAAAAAUUAAAUAUUGUUGUUAUGGAGAAAAAAAAAUUAAAAAUAGAAUGUCCUGUAACUGGAUAUCCAACACCAUCAAUAUCCUGGCUUGUCAAUGGUCAAAUUAUGAAUGUUGGAGAAAAUAAUAGAGGAGUAGAGUUAAGUGAAGAUGGUAAAUAUCUUAUUAUUAAUUCUGCCGAAACAUACAAUGAUGGAAUAUAUGUAUGUGCAUCAAAUAACAAAGCUGGUUCUAUUGAUAUAGAAAUAAAGCUUGAGGUUCUUUCUCUACCAAAAGUUGGAGCAGAUGAAAAAAUUGAAAUUGAGAAAGGAAAAGGAUAUAUGCUUAAGUGUCUUAAUGAAAGUGAUAAUAGUGGAACGACAAUUCAUUGGGUUUAUCCAAAUAAUAAAGAUGCUCCUCCAAAUGUUGAAGAGAAAUUUGAUGGUAAACGCCUAUACAUAAAUGGUGCUGAUAAAGAUUUAAAUAAUAAAGUUACAUGUUUUGCCAAAAAUAAAGCUGGUGAAUCAAGAAAAAAUUUUGACAUUAUUGUUUUAGAAGCACCAUCUAUUAUUAAAGAUAAUGAUGAGAUUGUUCAAUUAAUUACUAAACAAUCAUAUAUAUUAGAAUGUAAUGUUUUAGGAAAUCCACAACCAGUUAUUACAUGGCUUAAAGAUGGAAUUUUACUUAAUGAAAAAGAUCCAUAUCUUGAGAUUGGUAGUAAUGAACCUGGAAAUCAUCAAUAUUCAUGUAAAGCAGAAAAUAAAAUUGGUGCUGAUUACAAAGAUUUUUCUGUUAAAAUUAUCGGAAAACCAAAAAUGAAACCAAUUCAAGAAUUUGAAAAAAAUAUAUUUAUUAAAGAAGGUGAUACAACAACAUUAACAUGUCCAAUUUCAAAUGAUAUCAAUGAUGACUAUGAAAUUGAAUGGACACAUAAUGGAGCUACCAUAACUAUAAAUGACAUUGAAUUUAAAAUAUUAAAUAAAACUAAACUAGUUAUAAAUGAUGCAAAGAAAAUCCAACAUGAUAUCAAGUGUGUUGUUACAAAUAUGGCUGGUUCUGCAUCACAAGACUUUCAAGUUAAAGUUAUGAUACCCCCUAAAGUAAUUGGUAAUUUAAUUGAAAAUAUUAAAAUAAUUAAAGGAGAAAGUAUUGACUUGACAUGUGAUUUUGAUGGUGAUCCAAUACCUAAAAUUACAUGGUUUAAAAAUAUUGAACAAUUUAAAGAUGAAAAAAAAUUAUUCAAAAGGCAUAAUAUUUUAUCAAUAAUUAAUUCUACAAAAACUGAUGAAGGAACAUAUCAAUGUAAAGCUUCUAAUGAGGCUGGUGAAACAUUUAAAACAAUUAAUGUUGAAGUAAUUUUACCACCAAUGUUUAUAGAUUCUGUAGAUGAAGAAAAAUCUCCAGUUGAUAUUCCAAUUGACAAGGCUUAUGUUAUUGAAUGUCCAAUAGAAUCUUCAUCAGCACUUGAGGUAUUAUGGUAUAAAGAUGAUGAACCAAUAUUACCUGAUUCACAUGAAUUUAUUAUAAGUAGUGAUGAAAAAAGUAUAAUUAUAAAUAAAAUUCAACAAGGUGGUAAUUUUAAUAUUAUGUGUGUUGCUAAAAAUAUUGCCGGAGAGGUUUCAAAAGAAUUUGAAAUUACAAUAACAGAACCACCAAAAAUUUUAUCUAAAGGUGGACAAAAAUCAGUUAUUGAAAAUCAUACAAUUGUAUUACAUUGUGAAGUUUCUGGAAAUCCAUUUCCUGAAAUAACCUGGGUAAUGAAUGGUAUUCCAGUUGAAGAAAAAAAUGGAAUACAUAUUUUGUCAAAUGGACAACAACUUGAAAUAACAAAUGCUAAUUAUAAUCAUCUUGGUACAUAUACAUGUAAUGCUGAAAAUAGAAUUGAUCUUUCAUCUAUUUCAUUUGAUGUUGAUGUAAUAAUGAGACCAAAACUUUAUAAAAAUAUUACUAGUACAGUUGAAGUUAUACAAGGUGAAGGAGCUUAUUUUGAAUGUCCUAUUGAUACUAAUGAAAAACUUUCAAAAUAUGUUAUAAGAUGGGAAAAAGAUGAUGUACCAAUUGAAAUUGAAAAUGAGGGAAAAUUUACUGUUUCAAGUCAUGGUACAAAAUUAAAUCUUUAUAAUAGUGAAGGUUUUGAUGAAGGAUCAUACUCAUGUGUUGUAAGUAAUGAAGCUGGAUAUAGUCGUGUCAAUUAUAAUUUAGAAGUACUAAUUCCACCUACAAUUCAUUUAUUAGAUUCUGAAAAAAAUAGAACUGUUGUAGAGAAUAGUAAUAUAACAUUAUCAUGUCCAACUGAUGGUAAACCAGAUCCUGAAGUAAGAUGGUAUAAAGAUGGUGAAUUGAUAACUGAUCUUAAUUGUACAGAAAGAAUAAGUUCAGGAAAAAUAGAGGGACAAAAACUUAUUAUUAAUAAUGUACAUAUUGUUAAUAGUGGAAGAUUUACAUGUGAAUCAAAAAAUAAAGCUGGAUCUGAUGAAAAAGAUAUAUUACUUACUGUUAUUACACCACCAAAAAUUAUUAGAGAUAAAAUAUCAAAUGAAAUUGAUGCUGCAAUAAAUAAACGUGCUGAUAUUCAAUGUCCUGUUACUGGAAAACCAACACCAAAAGUUUUUUGGUUAAAAGAUGGCAAAAAUUUUGAACUUUCAGAUGGUGUACAAUUAAGUGCAAAUGAACAAAAAAUUUUCUUUAGUCGUGUAAAUGAAAAUCAUCCAGGAAAAUAUACAUGUGUUGCUAGAAAUUUAGCUGGUGAGGAUAAACGUGAUUUUAUUCUUAGAUUAUUAGAGGCACCAAAAAUUGAAGGACCAAAUAUUGUUACAAAAAUAUUUGUAAAUGAAGAUAGAAGUACAAUUUUAGACUGUCCAGCUAAAGGUUCUCCUGAACCAAAAAUUACAUGGUUAAAAAAUGGACAUAAUUUGGAUAAAGAAAAUAAAAAUUAUAAUAUUUUAAAUAAUGGUUAUCAGUUACAGUUAAGUAAUGUUAAAAGUGAUGAGGAAGCAAGAUACUCUUGUGUUGCAACUAAUGAUAUUGGUUUAGUUGAAUUGGAGAUGUUUGUUUAUGUAAUAUUACCACCAAAAAUUUAUAAUGAUAGUAUUAAAAAAGUUGAAGUUAUUGAAAAUGACUCAAAAGAACUUAUUUGUAAUGUUACUGGAACUGAACCAAUUGAUAUUCAAUGGAUGAAAAAUGGAAAAACUAUUGAUGUUGGUAGUGGACUUAAUGAAAAUGGACAAAAAAAUUAUAUUCAAAUUACAAAUAAUGGAAAAAAAUUACAUUUAUUAAGUGUUCAUAAAAAUGAUGAAGAUAUUUAUGAAUGUUUAGCUUCUAAUUCAGCUGGAAGUACCAAAGAAACAUUUGAUCUAAAAGUUAUUGUUAAACCAAUUUUAGAUGAUAAAUUAAGUUCUAAGGCAAUUCAAAUUGUAAAUCCAGGUGAUGGAAUAAAAAUAGAUUGUAGAAUUAAUGGAAGUCCAUUAAAUGAAAUUAUUUGGUCUAAAGAGGGAGAAAUAAUAACAUUCCCUGCAGUGGAUAAAAGAACAAUUAAUGAUGGGCAAACAUUAAUUAUUGACUCUGCUUCAGAAGAGUAUGAAGGAAAAUAUUCAUGUGAAAUGUCUAAUAAAGCUGGUAUGAUUAAAAAAGAUUUUAUAAUUUCAUUGACAAUGCCACCAUCAUUUAAUGUACCUUAUGAAAAUGUUUCUGUUUUGGCUGGUGAAAUAAAAAUAUUAACAUGUCAUGCUAAAGGAUCAGAUCCAAUAAUAUAUGAAUGGUCAAUAAAUAAUGAACGUCUUCAAGAUGGAGCAUAUUCUUCCUCUACCACAAUUACAGGUAAUAAAAUAGAAAUUCAAAAUGCAAUGGUAUCAGAUACUGGAAAGUUUACAUGUACUGCUCGUAAUGAUGCUGGUGAAGCUAAAAAAAUAUUUAACUUUAUUGUACUAGAACCACCAAGAUUUAUUGAUAAUAGAAAUAUUCAUGAAAAAAUAGUUCUUAAUGAUUUCCUUUCAAUUGAUUGUAGUGUUAGUGGUAUACCAAAACCAAUGAUAAUAUGGAAAAAGGUAAGUUUUAUAAUAAAAAAAAAUAGUUUAAAAAUUUAUUUUAUAUAA